CGGUGCAUGUCGGGAGAUGUAGUUCCGGGAACAGAAGUUAGAGCCGCGCCAGAGAAGCCGGAACGACAUUUCCCGGGAUGCAGCGCGGCGCUGGACGCUGUGUGCAGGAAAGCGGCGUCCAGGGCGGGGAAGGAGUGACAUUUGGCCGGAAGGGGCGGAUCUAGGGAACUGUUUCCGGUGAAUGGAGCCUCCCUGUGCAAAUCCCAUCAAGGUAACACUCAGGUACACUUGCACACAGUGUUUGAAGGAACUCGGCAGGGAGGUUGUUCCGAACAAUGGAGGUAAUAAAUACCGCCCUGGCGCUGAUUAUGGGAUGUUUCGAGGCAAAUGUCUCUCGCAUGACUGGACUUCUGCAGGUCUCCCAUCGCAGCAGCUCUGCUGCCUGAGUCACAGGAAGACACCAUGAGCGAGCAGAGGGAAGGAUUACAUAUGUGGGACCCUCCAGGCUCAGACGAGGAUGAAGAUUGCCAAUUACCUUACACAGAUGCUUUUGGACCUAUGAACGGUACUGAAGAUGAAAACACCUUAUACAUAGAGCAGUGUGGGGUGUUAUUAGACUGUCAUGAUGAUGAUGAUGAUGACAUUUCCCAGUCCGUUGCCGGCGAGGAGAGUGAGGAGAAAGACAGCCCCCCCUGCAGCAUCCCCGUGCGACCUGGCCCCAGCAGUAAGGGUGCGAGCAAGCUCUCCAACAUCAUAGCUCAUCUCCAGAAUCUGGCCAGCGAGCGGGAGUCCUCACGCAGGGAGUCCAGAGUUGAAGAAGACGUAGGAUUCCAGAUGGCAGAGAGCUCUUAUGCUUUUACUAACGAGGAAAUUCCUUUUGAAGUUCAUGAGGACAAUUUAUCCUCUAGAGGUCGCUCGCACACCUCAGAACAGCGCUUAAAGGCAUUUAAAGCCAUUAAAAUCUUGCAGGACACAGACUCCAAGGACAAAAAGUACAUUUGUGUGGAGUGUGGGAAAACGAGCCGGUAUAAGUCAGCAUAUCUGCGGCACAAGAGGACCCACACGGGGGAGAAGCCCUUCAGUUGUACCGAUUGUGGAAAAUGCUUUCGGAGAAGCUCUCAGUUAGUGACGCACCAGAGAAUCCACACUGGGGAGAAGCCGUACACAUGCUUGCGCUGUGGUAAAAGCUUCAGUUGCAAUUCUACCCUGGUCACCCACCAGCGGACCCACACAGGGGAGAAACCCUACACCUGCAUGGAGUGUGGCAAGGGUUUUAUACACAGCUCCGACUACAACCGUCACCACAGAGUCCACCGCGGAGAGAAGCGCUACACCUGCAAGGAGUGUGGCAAGAGUUUCAGCCAGAGCUCUUACCUGGUCAUCCACCAGCGGAUACACACUGGCGAGAAGCCGUUUGUGUGUAACGAAUGUGGCAAAUGUUUUAGUCGCAACUCCUCGCUGGUGACACACCAAAGGGUGCAUACGGGAGAGCGGCCGUAUACCUGCGCUGAAUGUGGAAAGAGCUUCCGCCAAAGUUCCCACCUCCUUAUCCACCAGAGGACCCACACUCCGGACAGUCACCUGGCACUGCGCGCCAUGAUGUGAGAGCUGGCGCAGCCGGUGGCCGGAGGGGCUUACUGGCUCGUCCAGGCCAUCCCCUUCCAAAGAUAGUGAUUAUUAUAUAGGAAUGCUCCAUCCUCAUAGACCAGCUGAGCUCCUGGACUUCUUGGUGCUAUCAGAGAAGCGUAACUGCCACUCGCUAACCGCACGGUCCCCACCCCUAGCCCUCCGGCACUCUCUAUUUAUACACGAUGGUUAGGGGUGCGGCCCCCGGUAGAGCGUCAUGGGUGGCGUGGUAGGCUCUGUAGUUCUGAUUGCAUGCCUCUAUCUCAGUCAUGAGCCGUCUGUUCUGUCUGUCAUGUCUAAUCUCCUUAUUUUUCAUUUAAAGUUUGUUAAAUGAGA